CGCGGGACACCCCGAGGGGAACGGGACCCCUGGGGAGGAGCCGGACACCCCGAGGGGAGCGGGACCCCUGGGGAGGAGCGGGACACUCUGAGCGGGCCGGGACCCUCCUCAGGUGCUGAGGGCGCUGGGGUCACCUGAAGCGCUGAGGGCAGCGAGACCCGCUGAGGGAAGCGGGGACCCCUAUGGGAGCGGGACCCCCUUGAGGUGCCGAGGGCAGCGGGGCACCCUGAGGGGAGAAAGACUCUACCGAAAUGCUGAGGGACUCGGGGUCCCUCGAGGGCAUCGGGAUCCCCGGAGGAGCUUGGGGAAGGGUUGGGCAGCCCCUGAGGAGGGAGCUCUGUCGGGGGAGGCCGGGGUGUCCCACAGCAGCGUCCCGCCCGCUCCCGCACAUUGAACUCGGCAGAGCUGAGCCCAGCCCGCAGCUGUGGGUGCCGUGCCCGGGGCCAAGGAAAUGCCAUUAAAUCGUAGUGGUUUCACCGGAAGAAUCCCUUAGGUGUAGAUGGAGAAUGUUAAGAUCAAGGUUCCAUAACAAUGUGGGAUUUUUCUACCUAUACCUGACCCUGGUAACAAAUUGUUUGUGGAGCUGAGGAUUGAAGAAAAAAAAAAACCCGAACUUGCAGCUGUAGGCUGAGCAAUAAUUAAAGUGCUCAGGCAGGUUCUAGUCUUCAUGCAGCAAAAUGAAGCCUUGUUAUUCGGGUUGAAGUUAAGUGUAGCAUGAGCUGUCCUUAUUAAAGGAAAAAAAAAAAAAAGUGCACUUCCAAGAACUUUAAAUGUGGAUUCCUAAAGUGUAGAGAACUAAGGACUUAUGAAAAGGAUAACUUUGCUCAGUUUUUAAUGUCUGUUGGUAGACCUGAUGUAUGUUUAGAUCAUAAUUAAAGACAGUUCACUCAAGUGACUGUGUCACUUUUUAAAUAAAAUUAUAGAAUGUAGCAUUUAAAAUGUUGAGCAACAUAGUUAUAAGGUGGUUUGUUCACAGGUAGACAAAAAAAAAUUGGAAAAGAAUUAUUGGUUGCUGCAGUUUGAGUACGUAACUUUUCUGAUACUGCUGUUAGAAUGACACUUCUGGAUUUGCCCCUAGGUACAAGAAACCUUUGUGUGCAUGAGUGCUCAGACCUGCCAACUUUCAGUGCAUUCUCUGAAUCUUUCCUGCUAAGAACUAAACAAAAGGUCUUGAGGAAACGAAAAGUGUCUGGGUUUUGUUCCAGGUGCUGCUGGUGUAAAAGAUGAGGCUGAAUGAGAGCCGGACAAGACCCUUCCAGGCUCCUGCCACUGUCCGCACCUUCCCGGGCAGGCAGGUGUACGUGUUCCCCAAUGGCCGGUCAGACUCGGACGAGUCCUCAGAGGAGGAGCUGAACGUGAUGGAAUUGCGGCCCAGGGGCAAGGAGCAGCAGCGGGGCAGCACCCGGGACAGGCUGGGGGAUGUGGUGCUUCUGGAGAGGGAGCUCACCGAGGAGGACAGCCUCAACAAGCUGGCCCUGCAGUACGGCUGUAAGGUUGCGGAUAUCAAACGCGUCAACAAUUUCAUCCGUGAGCAGGACCUGUAUGCGCUGAAGUCCAUCAAGAUCCCGGUGCGGCCGCACGGGCUGCUCACCGAGAGCGCCGGGGCCCUGCGGCCGCCCCCGGCGGAGCCCGCCCAGCCCGGCCUGACGCGCGUGGAGCUGCCGGAGCCCGAGCCCGGCGCGGGCGGCUCCGCUGGCGGCCGGCGCCUCAGUGAGUACUUCAGGGGCAUCGACCAGAGCAUCCAGGACGCCGUGCAGGUGGAGGUGCAGCUGAACGCGGAGUACGGCGGGGAGGGGCUGGAGAGGCCCCUGCCCGAGGCGGGGAAGCGGGACACUGGUAACGGUGCAGACUGUGGAAUCCAGUGGUGGAAUGCCGUGUUCAUUAUGCUUCUGAUAGGAAUUGUCCUGCCGGUGUUUUAUAUCAUCUACUUUAAAACGCAAGGCCUGGUGGCCCACACCUUUAACACAACAACCUCAAAUGUUUCAACAGCUGGAUUGGAAGGGAAAUUGCCACAAGGCUCAGUCGUAGGGAAAAAAUCCUAAGGAGAAAGGGCAGCCCACUCCAGCCUCUCCAGCAGUGAUGCCCACAUGCUCGUGACUGACUCAAGUGCACCUAAGGGGAUACAACAAUACAGAUUAUUUUUAUUUUUAUAAGUAGUUGAUGGUAAUCCUGAAUUUGACUGAAAAAUUAGGUGGUGUGAUUUUGAUGGAAAAGCAGGGAUGCUUUGUUGCUUACAGAGCUCAUCACCCAGGUGGCUUCAGAGUUGGGAACUCUGUUGAGGGAAAGUAUUUUGUAGCAAUUUACUCAUUGUGGUUGCUUCAGGUAUUUCUUAAUGCCAUGUCUAGAAGCAAAUUCUUUGCUGCUGAACUAGAGAGUGCAGUAUUAAUGUGGCUGGAAAGUUGGGGGUUGUUUGCAUUUUAAGGAAACACUUUUUGCUGGAAUAGAAGUGGGGGACACUUUUUUUCAGAAGUGUCAUUUUUGUCUCUUGCAGACCAUGGUGGUUUUGGCCUGCUUGACCCUAAUGCUGCUUUCUGGGGCUCUAAGCUGGGUGUGCCAGGGCACGAGGAUGCUGCCAGCACCCCACAUUGAGCUGUGUUCAUUAGGAUGCAUCAGGCCCACCCUGGGAAGGGUGAGCCCAGACCUCUUCCCCUCAGUGAGAUCCUUCAGAGAUGGCUCCUGAGAUCAGAGGUUACAGUGCAGGAUCUGUGCUGUCCCAGGGUGCUGCUCAGCCCUCCAUGGCCCCAGGUGGGCAUGGGGUGUUGGAGGAUGACAGGACAGCAGGCAAGAGGAGUCACAGGCACUUUGCAGGGGUUGGUUUGCUGGCAGGAGGUCCAGUCAGUAUUCUGCUAAAAAGAUUAAUAAUAGUCUAUAGUGGUGCUUCUCAUGACCUGGGCUCAGUCAUGGAAUUACUUCUGUGUGUGCAGUCUGAGCAGGAGUGAACUGCUGAGCUGGGUGCAGGUUCCAAGGUCCAGGACAGAAGUCCAGGAAGAAAGAAGGGUGAAGCCUUUCUAGGAGUGGACUGUGAAGCUGCUGUUGGACAGGUUUCUGUGAACUGACCACAUGCAUGGAGAAGCUUUACAGGGCAGUGGAGGUGUUGGUCAGUCCAAGGCUGUGUUCUUCAGGGCCACUCAGCAAACACUGCCUGCUGCAAGGGAGCAGCAAAGGAGGCCUUGGGAGCUUUGCUGAAGAGAAGAAUUUGCCUCAGCAAUUUGAUUCAGCAAAUUCCAGGCCUGUGGGCAGAGGUAAAGGCUUUCCUGGAACCAAACACUACGGGACUUUGUGUGGGUAGGUGCCUUUGGUGCUGAGGGUGAGGGCACAGCUGGUGGGCAGGUGCAGGAAGCCACUCUUUGUCUUCCCCACCUUGUCCCAGUCCCAUUUGCAGCUUCCCAGCUGCCAGCAGGACCACAGGGCUUUUCCAGCUCCCCAUGGCAGCCCAAGGCUGCUGGGGCAGAGCAGGGGCUGGAGAGGAGCUGUGGUGCAGAACCAGUACAGACACCUGUUGUCCAGGUGUGGCCUCUGCCUGGACAGGAGGAUUGAAACUUCUCCAGCAAGGUGAGGACCUCACACAAACACAACUGUGUGCCAUUACAAUGAGAACCUGUGUUCCCUGCAGCUCUCAAAAGCGGGAACCUAGUUUUGUAAACAAGCACUCCAAAGUAUCUUAUACUGAACAAAAACUUGUAUUUUUCUUCUGUGAAGAGCUGUAUCUCUUUGUUCUGGGGAGGGGGUGGGAAGGGGUUCUUACAUUUUUAAAUAAAGCCACAUGAAAUAAAAGCACAAGGGGCACAGCUUGUGCUUUAUUUGCUGCCACACAGCUGAGCAGGAGUGGGAGCAGCAGGAGGAACCGGGGCUGGAGAGGCAGGACUGGCCUUGGGCUCUCCACUCUGAAUGGACCCUGGUUCACCUGCCCGUUUCUCCAAGUGUUUUGUUGAACGGUUCUUAGCAGGCAUCAGUCCUUGAGUGCAGUAACAAGUGUGUGUGGAUCCCUGCUGAUGAAAAUCCUCGUGGCUGCAGUUAAAAACCAACACCUCGCACCUGGACUGACACCUGGAGGGGGCAAGGACGCGCCAGAUGGGACCAGAGCUCUGCAAACACGAGAGAGGCUGGAGUACACAGUAAAAGCCAGUAUCUUUACUUUAGUGAAUGCAGGAUACAAAUAUUUUACAACAACCUCUAGCAUUUUCUUAACCAUUUGAUAAAAAGUUCACUAGAAUAUUUAUUGUAUAUUGAAGAAAAAACAACACAUUCAGGGAAAAAAAUUGAGAUUAACUUAUUUUUUUUCUUAAAAGAUUCGUCUCAAGGAUGGCAACAAAGUCCAGCUUGUGCCGCCAAACGGCUUAUCAGCAUUAAACCGUGAACAGCUUCUUGUGAACUGUUGACUACAAACAUUUACCAAAUACAUAAAUCUCUUUUAAAAAAGCCAUUUUAAAUAUAGCAAAGCAGUGUUCUCUUGCACAGCAAAGUGAAGAAAGGUUCUACUAAGAUUUAAAUGUUUACAUUGGUUAAGUCUUUCUUUCACAUUCGGAUUUAACUUCUGCCCAGGAUCAAUUGUUAGGAGUUGUUUUGUUCCUUAUUUACUAUGUAUUUCUUGUGCGCACAGUAACUCGCAAGUUUCUGAUGCAUUAGUGUCCUUGGAGGGAAGGCAAGGCUAAAGCAGUUCUCUCUGACGAGUCCCUGACAACGUGGCGUUCUCAAAACUAUCGUGAGAGCUCGAGGAUGGAGGUGAUUUGUCACAACAGAGAUAAAAAUCCUAAAUCAUUCAGACCUGACUGGGUUCAGCCCAGGAUUGGAUCCACUUGCACUUCAGUCAGCAGAGAUAAUUUUAAAAAGUUUUUUUUUUUUUAACCUGUUGAAAUAUCUGUGCUAUGUCAUCUUUUUUUUUUUUUAUAAAACAUUUUUACAAUUUCUAAAAAAGUAUGUUUCAAAGUGAGUUACUUGUUAUUAAAAACCAGGAUUCUCAUGUCCUCGGUGGCAGGAGGUGCUCCCCGAGACCGGAGGGCUGUGGAAGGACGUUUCUGCCGGGGUUGGGGCAGCACAGAGCCGCUCCCUGGCCCAGCUCUUUAGAAUUGAUUCUUUUUAUUAGUUUUUUUUUUAAUUCAUUGGUGCAAUUUCAAUACAAACUCUAACCCUUGUGUAGCUUUGUCUUUAAGAAAACAGUAGUUAAGUACUGUUUAAAAACCUGCAUAGAAAUAAAGACUAUUGAGAUACAGUCAGCAAAGCCAUCUGAUAAGGCACACAAGAAAAUAGACAGUAAAUGUGAAUGCAGAACUCCCACUCGGAUGUACAGCAAAGUUCAUACAGGUGCAUAAAUCAUGGAACUCACAUCACUGGUCAGAGCAGCAAAAGGUUCCAGGGAGCAGCAAGUGAAUUCGGUCCCCGGGAUCGUGUCCCUUCUGCCCGCAGCUCCUGCCCGCCGGGAUGAACCCACGGAAAUGGGAACAGUUCCGAGGCAGGGCUGGAAGGGACCGGAGGCCCUGCGGGUUUUAACGUUGCCAGGACAAGGAGACAGGGCUGGAGGCCACAGCUACCACAGGGACACCGCCCUCCUCACCCCCCCCUUACAGCAUCAAGGGAAUUUCUUAACUGGAAAAAAAAAAAAAAAAAAGCCCAAGCAGAAAA